AGGUAUUUUGUUGGCUCACGCUCUUAAGUUACCUCUAGUGUAUAAUGCGCGGUGGAUAACUAGCGGAGAGGGACAUAUGGCUUUAGCACCUACUCCUAUAUCUUAUAUCCCAAUGACCGGCUCAGGACUGACAGACAAAAUGACUUUCACAGAAAGAGUUAAACUAAUUUUCUUCCUCAUUUUGUACGCUCAGGAUGAGUUUUUAAUCCGUCCUCAGUAUCAAGCUGUUUGUGAUCACUUCUUUGGCCCAGAAAUCAGAUACAGUGACUUACUACAGGGAGCAGACCUGUGGCUGAUGAGAGUGGACUUUGUGUUUGAGUUCCCUCGGCCCACUAUGCCUAAUGUUGUCUAUAUUGGCGGGUUCCAGUGUAAACCUGCCAAACCUCUUCCUGAACACCUGGAAGUGUUUGUGCAGAGUUCUGGAGAGCACGGGGUCAUCAUCAUGUCUCUGGGGACUUUGGUGAAUGAACUUCCGGCUGAUAUAACAAAUGAGAUCGCUGCAGCUUUUGCUAAAUUACCCCAGAAAGUCAUUUGGAGGCAUAAAGGUGCCAGACCAGCCACUCUGGGCAACAACACUUUAAUAGUAGACUGGAUGCCACAGAAUGACCUCCUAGGACAUCCCAAGAUGAAACUGUUUGUGGCUCAUGGAGGAACAAACGGCGUCCAAGAAGCAAUCUACCACGGAGUCCCAGUUGUGGGUCUGCCCUUGUUUUUCGACCAACACGACAACCUGCUGCGUCUGAAAGACAGAGGAGCGGCCAAGGUUCUCACCUUAGCUGCAGUGGACAAAGACAACAACUUCCUGAAGGCCAUACAGGAAGUCCUGAAUGAGCCCUCCUAUAGGAUGAACAUGCAGAGACUCUCCAGGCUGCACAGAGAUCUGCCAAUGAAGCCGCUGGAUACCGCCCUCUUCUGGAUAGACUUUGUUAUCAGACACAAAGGUGCAGCUCACCUGAAAGCUGAGGCCUACAGACUGCCCUGGUAUACCUACCACUCUGUUGAUGUGUUUUUGUUCCUGGCUGGAGCUGUGCUGCUCGUGCUUUUAACUAUUUUCAUUUCCAUAAGGUGUUUAUACACUAUAAUGUGUAAACGUAAAGUCAAACGGGACUAAUCAUUCAACGUCGUGUCAAGAGGGUAACACGCAAAUUGCAUAACUCUCACGAAGAUGGUUAAGGUUAGGCAUUGACUUUGAAUGGUUAAGGU